UUUUUUCCCCUCUCUCCUUAUUUUAUAAACAAUAACUUAAAAGCAAGAAAAAAAAAAACACCAAGAAUCAUGUCAGUGUCCGAAUAUCAUCAUGAAAUAUCCUCUUCUCAUCUUAUAAAAAGUAUCAUCGAGGAUUUAUUCUCCUACAAUAUGAUAAGGAGAAAGAGAGUGCUAGAAUACUACUUUUUUCAGGACAGUACAUAUACUUCACCUCUAUUAACAGCAGAAAAUGUGAAUAAUAUACAAUAUAUUUAUACUGUUUGGCAAAUACUCAACAGAACAGAACCAACAAUAACAAACAUUGUGUUUGAUGGACAAACAGCUGUGAUUCAUUUGAUUCAUAAUUUAUCACCUACCAUUUUGCCCAGAUGGGUCACUCUUCAAGUUCCCGCCAUAACAACUCUUUAUUUUCGUGAAACAGAAUGUGAUAGUGGAUUAUUAAAAAUCUAUAGACAGGAAGAUAGUUGGACACUCGAAGGUCUGGUUCAGUCAGUACCUUUGAUAUCCUUUUGGUAUAAUAAUGUAUUACGUGUCGUCAUGGGUAAAAUAAUGACCACAACGGGUGAUAUACUCGAUUCAGCCCUAACACAUGCACAAAAGAUGACGUUUCGAAGUAAAGAAAUUCAACGACUAGGUCAUGAAAUUGCGAUUGAGAAUAUGGAAAAACUAGAGGAAUAUCAAGCUGAUUUAAAAGAUAGCUAUAUCGAGGGUCUAAGGGCAUGGAAAGAGUAUUACAUUGAACCUUUGACUUAUAAUGAAGAUGAGUAUGUCUUUGCGCCUAUUAGAGAAUCAGGCAGAGGGUUAUCCUUACAAGAUCAAAUCUACCUGGAUGAAGAAUAAAAAAAAAAGGAUCCGUUUCUUUUUUCCCCUUUAUUC